UGUUUACAAACAAGCUCUUUCCGGUCGGCAUUCCAAAUUUGCCCGUGCUGUGAAGCGAAAUGUUAUUUUCCUUUAUUUGUUCAAUUUUUUCGUGACAGUGACUGCCACCAAAGACCUUUUUGCACCAACAUAAUGACAAGUUAUCAAAAUGAUAAUCCGAUUAGUUUAGCCAGUUAGCUGCACAACUCCGUUAUAGGCAGUUAGCCAACAGCUAAGCUAGCUCAGCAGUUGUUCUGCAGCAUGGCUGUUUGAUUCAUUUCAACAGGUGCUAGCUACACAGAGGCAGCGUUUGACUUUACAUGUUUGUCCUGAGUAACGAUCCCGAGGAGAGGUGUGGGCAUAUGAUCUGUAUUUAUGGCUAGGUUAGCUGUAAUGUCGGUUAACUAGCUAGCUGUUAACGUUGGCUGUACAUUAGCUGACUUUUAAAAGUUUGUCACACUUGGGUGGAGUGUCAUGCUCCUUGGCCGCGUCCUGUUGAGCCCGAUCAGAUGGACCUGUUCAAAACUUGUUGGUUUACAGACAUUUUUUGCUGUCGGUGGGGUAUCAGUUCUUAGGCUGAAUCUUAUAUCUACCAGUCACGGUCAUAACGUCAGCGCGCUUAAGCCAUCUGCACACCGGUUACGAUUUAAGGCACAGUCGUGUCUGUUUCAGCUCACAGUGUGGGACAUGCAGGCAGCCAAUAUCUCUUACGGCAAAGAGACCGCUGCCGCUGCCUUGGAUGAUGGUGAUGAUGAUGAUGAGGGUGGUGGCGAAAGUGCAGUCGAACAACAGAAUCUGACAGAAAACGAGUGGCUGAAAAAUAUGACAGUGAUUCCAGGUGAGGUGCCUGCAGUUGGCAUGGAUGUCCAGCAAGAUGAGACUGACACUGGAGCCUCCAUAGUGUCCGCAUCUCCAGGAGCAUUAAGUGAGAAGAACAUAAAAAGGAAGAUGAGAAGAGAGAAGAGGAAAUUGAUGAAGAAAAAACUCAAGUCAGCUGAUUCUUGGGACAGUUUAAUGUCAGAGCUUCCAUUUUCUCUGACCAGCCCCACCACAUGGAAAGAGUUAGGGUUCACCAGCCCAGAGUCAACCCAGAAGAAGAGAAAGAGGAAGAGAGGAGACAGUGGAGGGCGAGUGGACAGUGAAGAGGAUGCGGAGAAGAAGAAAAAAAAGAAAGAGAACCAGCGACCCAACUACUUUGUUUCAAUCCCCAUAACUAACACACAGAUCAGUUCAGCUGUGAUUGAGGUCCAAGAGGCGGUGCUUCAACAGGAGCCGCGGUUGGCCAAAGCCAUGAUCCCUGUCCCCACUCUCCACAUCACGCUUUUAGUCACUCAUCUUGCCAAUCAGGAUCAAGUAGACCUAUUGCAGACAUUAAAGGCGGCAACUGUGUUGGCUCAGGUCGAGCCAUCAUUGACUGAGCUGCUAGGUGGGCGGGAUCUGGUGUUGCCCUUCUCAGGGAUCGGUCAUUUCAGGAAGGAGGUGGUGUUUGUUGGGCUGGCCCCCGGACAGCACAGACACUCACUGGACAGUCUGGCAGAGUUGUUGCGCAGCCGUUUCGAGGAGCAGGGUCUUCUGCAAGGAGACAGCCGUGGGUUUGAACCACACCUCACCAUUAUGAAGCUGUCCAGAGCGUCAAAGCUACGAUCUCAGGGUAUAAAGCGUGUGGACCCAUCUCUCUACUCCAGCUACACUAACAAGUUUUUUGGAGACCAGACAGUUGAGCGGUUGGAUCUUUGUUCCAUGUUGAAAAAGAAGCAACAAGAUGGUUAUUACCACACUGAGACUUCACUACAACUUGAUUUGGUUCAGAAUCCAGUCCAUGUCAAACGCACAAGUGGGCGUCGCCGGUCUGAGCCCGAUGAGGCGGAGCUACUGAGGGUCAGCAGGCGUUUAGUUGAAGAUGCCGUCAAUCGCGCCUUGCAACAGUACAAACAGGAAACACUUCAAAACGGGGGCGGGCCUAAUGCCACAGCCGUGCAGCCCCCGGGAAACACUGACGAAAAUGCUACAAAGAAGGACACUACAGCUAACUCCACUACAGACAACAGGAAGUGACAUCAUCAGACUGAGGUUGAGAGACUGAUAAACCAGCCGCCCAGAAAACAUCAGCCUGGCCUGUCUAACCAGGCGAAGAGUCAGUAAGCCUUGGGCACAAAGCCUGAACCAGCCAACCAGUCAGCCCAGUCUGCUGAUUACUCAGCUGGCCGACCACAACGGCUACUAAGUCACGCUAGCUACCUGCCCAACCAACCCAGACACAGUGCUAGUUAAAUAGAUAAUGUAGCUUGAGCUCAGUGCAAGUUGACCGUCCCAACAGGCCAGCUAUAGCUAAGCCUGUUAGCUAACUAAUUAACUCUGGUGACCAGCGUCUAACAGCAGUCGUCACUCAGCUGUGGGUCUGUGUUUCAAACCCAGAAAGUGGAUGUGAAGCCCUUCUCUACACAUGGUCACAUGUAGGCUUCACUUUCACCCGUCUCACACUAACUGCUCUUUUAGAGUAAGAUAAAUCAUGUUUUCUAGACAGCUUGGUUCACCAUCACCUGUGCUUAAAGUGGGAAUCGGUAUUUUUAAUUUUCCUAUAAAAAAAAAGAAAACAAAAUCCCUCUUUGUCCUCAUUGUUGUUGUUUCAGGUGAGGAAAAUAUUUUACUUUUUUUUUUUUUGUUAGCAUACUUUUCUUCUAGAAAAUCAGUGCUGUUUUGUGGAUAAAAGAUUACUCAUCUGCUCAUAUUUGUGGCUGAAAAGAGCUGGUUUGACUGAUAGAGUCUGAGCUGUGACUGGAUUCUUCAAACUCGACUAUGAAAUACAGUAUGUUGGAUUUGAUCUGUGCAAGUUUUUGUCUGUAUUUUGCAUCAAGUCUGGGUUCAAAGCACUUUCCAUUCAGUUUCAGGAAAUGGAUAUUCUUGACACUUCCAGCAUUUCAUUUUUCUUUUUUUUUUUAAACAUAAGAUACCAAACAGCAUUUUUAUCUUUAUUCUUUAAGUUGUUUAGAGAAAGUGAUCUGACCCCAGCUAUGCUUUAAGUAUUAUAUCUUACUGUUGUGUUAACCAAGUGUGUCCUGCGAGGCCGUACUGAGACAAUCAUCAGUUUAAGCUAAAUUCAGUCAUAAGCUCUGAACUUCUGAAUUCACAUUUUUGAACAAAGCUAAGUGAUACCAGCUUUUCUAAACCCAAUCUGGACUUCUAAUGGGUCCACGCAGACUGGCGUCCCUCUAUCACAUUAAAUUACCUGCACUAAUAGUAUUAACUUUAAAAAGCUGCCAGGUUAAUUAUGCCACAGGUUGCCAAGAAUGCAUUUUUACUCCAUUAAUGCCAAAUCCUUCAUUAAUGAGCUGAGUGCUUGUCUCGAUGGGCUGUUUUCAGACACAGGCAUUUAUUCCAUAACUCUGCCUCUCCUUCUGAUAUAAAUGUCUUUUUUUUGUUUGUUUGUUUCCAUACCACGUUGUCAGUUUUAUUUUCUGUGAAAUGAAUUUGAAGCAGCAGCAGAGUACACUGAUUUAUCUUUUGUUAGUCCUUUAAAUCCCUCCAUGCAUUGUUAGGGUUAAAGUCUAUAAAGCAGACUGGAGCCUGGCUGUUUGGGAUUUGGAGUAUUUAUGCUGAUUUGAGGAGCUUUUAUUCUGUAUUACUGUACGUCUAAGAGCAGUUUCUCAGAUGCUGAUGUCAGGGAGGUUAACUCAGACAAUCGCUGCUGUCAGCUGAAAACCCACCGGCUCUUAAUUUCAGUGUCUUCCAUCCUUUUUUUUUCCGUUAAACUUGACUUGGCCUUUCUUGAUCUCCGUUCGUCUUCACAGCGAGUGAAAUCCAUUCAAAAUCACGGGAAAUUGAAGGAGAUUGUCUGAUCUUUUUUUUCACUUUUUCUCAUCGAGAUGAGGUGUUUGACUGACAGCAAGAUGAUGAUGUUCGUGCAUGUAUGAUAACGGAGUAUUCUCUGUACUUAAAUAUGUUAUUUUAUCCUUUUUAGCUAUUAUUUAUAAUGUUUUGCUGUUGCAACAAAAUGGGUUCCCUGUCAAAGAAAUGAUUUCAAGUGGAAAAAAAAAAUCAAGAAAUUUAGUUUUGAAAUGAAGAUAAAAAAGCUUUCAGUUUGCAUUCAGAGGUGAAAAAAGCACAAAAUUCUGACUUAUUAAUUGUCUUUGGUUUUUCUUCUUAAAGUGCAGGUAAAUAUACACAUGGUGUUAAAUCAAAUCACCUCUGUUCAAAGUGGCCUUAAGUCACUAAAACAAAUUGAUAUGAUUUUUGUUUUUUGUUUUAAUGUAAGGUGACAUUGCAUAGGUAACGUUUUUUUUAGCCAAUGUGGGUGAUGAAGGCUCAUUUUGCUGUGAGAUUUGCCAAAGUCUCUUAAGUGUCAGCCUUCGGCUAAUGAGUUUAAUUUCAAAUUCGUCCACCGUGAAACACAAUUCGCAUUGUUCGUGUUUAUAAGGUAACUUCAGAAGCUCAGGUUGCCGGCUCAGAUUUUUCGCCUUCUGAGGUUUAUUUCCCUCUAGUGCGAACAGGUGUGAGCUGGAAAAUGUGCUCUCAUCCCUGUGAAAUCCACUUUAGUCCUGUCACUGUGGACUUAUUGAAACGUCAAUAACAAUCGUGAAUUGUGUCUUAGGGUGGACUUUGAAGAUCGUUUUUUUGGUUUUGGUCUUUUAUUGUCACCGGAUCCUUAAUCUCCUUAAAAUCCCCUUUAAUACACAAGUCCUCUUGUUGGCCUCUAUGAUCAGGCUGUUCAUCUAUGUGUGUGUGUGUGUGUGCGUGUGUGUGUUCACUCGUGACUGUAGGAUGUUUGAUCAGUGGUUCCCCAGAGAGAAAUUCUUGUCUUCGCCUAUCGUGGCAACUCGAAGCUGUAUGUGUGUGAACUUCUGUACAAAUUUGUCUUUUCUGUUUUUCCGUCCAUUCGUCUGUGUGUAUGUCUGACUGCGUGUGUGUUUCGUUUGUACUGUGUUGUAUAUAUCGUCCUGCCAUAUUUGAACAAUAAAACAGGAUAUGAGAUUGAAAACAAA